CUCAUAACGAAAGCCAAGGGGUUUUGUUCCUGGUCCUAUAAAAAGAUUCCGAAGCGCCUCGUUAUUAGGCGUAUUCUCGGCGUCAAUUGAGCCUUCCGAAUCGCAAUACCUGUUCUCCACUAAUUAAUUGCACAACAAAACACGACGAUAAUGGCACCAGUUGUCUUCGAGCUACGAAAUUCCAUCCGGAAAGGAGACGUGUUAGUCCCUGGAGAUGAAGGAUAUUUUGACAGUCUGGAACGAUGGAGUGCAACGUGUGUGAAACCUGCUGUAUAUGUUGUCCGGCCGGCGAAUGCAGCAGAAGCAAGCAUCGCCGUCAAGUUUGCAACUUCGCAUUCGAUACCCUUGACAGUUCGCGGUGGAGGCCACAACCCAAGUGGAUGGUCUGCCUCUUCUGGCGGUAUGGUCAUUGAUCUUGGUCUUCUGCGUUCGGUACGAGUCAACGAAGAAGAGCAAUCGGUCACAUUUGACGGAGGUUGUCUCUGGGGAGACGUAGAUUCCGCACUCUGGGAACGAGGUUAUGCCACCGUCGGCGGCACUGUCAGCCACACAGGGGUAGGCGGACUCAUACUCGGAGGUGGCUAUGGCAUGUUGACGGGGCGUCAUGGUCUGAGCAUUGACUGCCUCAUAAGUUGUGAGUUGGUUCUGGCCAGUGGUGACAUUGUUACGGCCAGCGAAGAGAAUAAUUCCGAUCUCUUUUGGGCUUUGCGUGGUGCAGGGCAGAGCUUCGGCGUGGUAACAUCCUUUACGUCACGCAUUUUCCCGCAAAGAAAAGUAUGGGGCGGGAUCAUUAUUUGGCCAAUAUCUAAAAUUCCUGAUAUUGUGGCUUUUAUGAACGAGUUCGUCACAAAGACUGAUGGAGAUCAACACAUUUUAACGUUAUUGUCUUGCCAUCCGAGAACACUCGAGCCAGUCAUCGCAGCAACAUUGUUCUAUAACGGAGACAAAGACACCGCUGAAGAUUUCUUUGCGCCUAUAUUGAGACUAGAUAAAAUCAUGGACCAGACAGCGGUUAUUCCAUAUCCAACAGCCAACACCUUCCCCGAGCCAAAAGUUCCGAUCGGCAAACGGUACAUAUUCAGUGGAGCCAAUUUCACAUGCCCCCUAGAGGUCAAGCUGGUGCAGCAGGCGUCAGAUCUGUUCCAUGAGCUGCUAUCCAAGUCAGGAAACGAAGAACUGAAAGCAAGAAGCAUGAUUGGGUAUGAACUCAUGUCGCAUCAAAAAGUCAGUUCCCUUCCUACCGAUCUAAUGGCUUUCGCCGGACGUGGAGGCGAAGCGUAUAAUAUGAUCAUCUCGAUAUCGUGGGACAGUGAAGAAAAAGACGAAGAAGCAAAAAGAAUAUGUGCCACGAUCUCAAAAUUCCUCAUCACGCAAGGGUGGAAAGGUGACGAAUUGGGAGAUCGUGGAGGAACGUAUUACAAUUAUUUGAAUCUUGCUGUCGACGAGGAGCAUGCCUAUAUCAAAGCUGAUCGAGUAUUUGGGUCUAAUAUCUCUAGGCUAAGAGAACUGAAGAUAAAAUACGAUCCGACUAAUGUGUUCAAAAAAGCUAUCGAUUUAUUAUGACAGGUAUGCUGUAAAACGAUGGUUCGGAAGGAAGCUGUCUACGAAUCAUGAACCUGUGGUUAUGUAAACAUAUCUAUCUGUUGGAAUAUAUUAUUCGCGGUCUCGUACG